ACAGGCGAGCGAGCCUCAGUGAUGCGACUCCAACUCUGCUCGUCAAACUCCGGACAAGCGCAGACUGAUGUGACGGAACUUGUGCGUCUUCUCUCCGGGAUCGUGUCUUCUCCACAUCCCACACGCCAAGUUUGAUCUGCCCGCGCUACUUUUGUUGUCGGCUUUUUUUUCUCCCGAAGUGGACAUGAACAGCUCCUGGUUCAACCAGACGGACGGAGGACUGCUGAACAAAACGGAGGAGGCUUUCUGCUGUAACUUCUCCUCGGUGGUGACGGACAGCGGCGCCGCGGCUGCCGCCCCGGAUGAGCGGAGCCUGUUCAUCAUGCGGGUGGUGCAGAUCGCCGUCAUGUGCGUCCUCUCCCUCACCGUGGUCUUUGGCAUCUUUUUCCUCGGCUGCAACCUCCUCAUCAAGUCCGAGGGGAUGAUCAACUUUCUGGUGACGGACAGGAGACCAUCCAAAGAGGCGGAGGCUGUUAUUGUUGGCGCCUACUGAUGGAGAGACAUAGGUAUUUAACAAAAGCUCACCAAAUGGGGCUUCUUUAUCUGAGAGAUGCCAACAAAGACUCUCCUCUCCAGGAGGCCCACGGCUCCGUAUGAAACAUAAUUCAUGAAGUAAUGUCCAGUCUUUGUCAUGUGAGUGGCAAAGUUCAUUCACAAUCCCAGAUUGCUGCUGCAAUGGCGAACAUAAUGUACUGUAUGUUGUAUGUAUUUUUGCAUACAAUUUGUAAUGUAUUGAUCAGUGUAUUUCCUGCUGAUAAGUGUUGCUGACAGGGGGAUGCAAUACGCCCACCAUGCCUUGUAUCUUAUUAUUUGGAAUAAA